CCUCGCAUCAGGAAGUGGCGGUAGUGGCUAACAUUAGCUAACGACCUUCCCUUGUAGAGUUUAGUCUGGUAAUUUAAGGACCACCAACCUUCUACCCACAAAGUUUGUCCUUUGUGAUUGUAUGCGUUUGAUUAUUACAAGCGACAAGAUUCUUUAAAUGUGCUGUCUGGUUGUUCGCUUUCAGAUAUGCCACAGAAAGAUCCGUGUCAAAAGCAAGCAUGCGCCAUUCAAAAGUGCUUACAAGAAAACAAGUAUGCGGAGAGGAUGUGCGUAGAUGUUAUCCGGGACAUGCGGCGGUGUUGUGAGGUUCAGGGUGGAAACUCCAUCUGCUGCUCCGGUUUUAAAGACCCCAAAUCGACGGAAAACAAGAGUAGCACAUAGCUGACAACACGUGAAAUGUAUUGUAUGGAAGUGAUGGUAGACAGCAACAUUGCAUCAAUGUAUUAUUCUGGAUUUUUUUUUUUUUUUUUUGUAAUCCACAUAUUUGGGAGCAUGUUACUGUUAUUCAUACGUAUCAGCAUAAUUGAGGAAAUGCUGGUUUCAGUACGAUGUUCUUGGAUAUUUUAGAGUGGUGUUGCUGCUUUGCUGGACUAGGUGAAAUCAUUGAGUCCUCAUUUGAAUAUAAGAAAUGGAAAUAAUUGGGAAAUAAAUGCCUCAUGAUAUAAGUUCUAUUAAAUGAACAUAUGUAGAACAAUAAAAUGAAAACUGUCUUUUUUUUAAAUAAAUAAGUAAAGCCUUUGGUUUACUAUUUUUCUGUGAUUUAUUUAUUUUAAUAGUUAUUUAAAAGAUUUGUUUCUUAUGAAUUUUUUUUUCUACAUUGAAUUAUUUAAGAAGGAAUCAAACAUUACAUUAACUAUAUUGCCAAUAUGAAUGUGGACAGGUCUGUCUCAUUUUAGACUUUAUUGUCAUUGCAUAAAGUUAUAAACAUAAUGCGCCCUUGGGGUUAAAUGUAACUCACAGUAGUCAGGUUGAACUGAAAUAUUCACGUCACUUUAUAAACCGUUGUCAAGUCUGAAGUACUUGUUGGUGCAUGUCAGCAAUGAGCAAAUGAGACAGGCCUAUUACAGAUGGAUGAUGUUAGUGCUGCACACUCAUGAGGAAAGAUGAACAGAUUACAUCUUGGCUGUGAUUGCCUGACUCUCCUGGUAGUAUCUGUCAAGGCUAGACAAAGCUGCACUCUCAAGUCAUAAUACAAGAUGGUGACUUUACAACUCCCAGCACCGCUCCACACAUUUGAAACCUUUCCAGCUAUGCCAUCUGGGUCAAAGAAAAUGACUGGUGAGCUUUUGAUAUCAAGUACUGUAUGCAAAUAUUGCUUUGUGUGAUCCCAUGACUGUAAAUUAAUUAAAUAUACUUUCUUGUAA